CAUCAAGCUGGGGGGAUUGACCCGUUUGAGAUGGAUACCAGUUGGUCUAUCAUUCAAAGGAGACUGGUAGAUUUCUCCAUCGAAAGUCUAGAAGCAGCGUUUAAUUUCUUUGAUCGAAUCAGAGAGGAUGGUCUGGAUCUCAAGGAUAGGCAUGGACUUGGUAUGGACAGUGCUCCGGGACAAGCAUUUAUGAGCUUACUCGAAACAAUGACGGAGAGACAAGUCAAGAAUAAAGGCCAAACAGAAGACUUGGCUGACGAGCCAGAAGCGGAGUUUACCGAUAGUGAAGAAGACUGGGACUCCUCCACCCAAGGCGACUACGGCCAAGACCCAGAGAGCGUCGAUUACUCCUACUUUCUCGAGGGUGAUUUUAGCACCCUUUGGCCUGUACUUGACGAGGAUGAAAGCGACAGUGAUUAUUGUCCAGAAGAAGAGAGCUAUGACCUCUUAUGUCAUGAUAUCAGCCAUAAUUAUGUGCAUAGGUUAUAUAUCUCCGGGGAAGGGUGUAAAAUGCAAGCCACAACCCCACUUUCAGAUAGACCUAAUGGGGACCAAUGUAGCAAUAAAAGUGCUUCUGGCACCGCUGAUGGUCCAUUCAAGGCUGUAUCUCGCUCCUCCUCUGUGAAAGGGGGAGACCUUUUUGCCACCUCUUACGACGAAGCUACUCCGGUGCCAAAACUCCCUCUGAUGCCUGAAUUCAAUCUACGCAGUCAAAGGAUUCUUCUAGAGGAACUUCGCUUGGUUGAUGUCAUCCCGGUG